CGUGAUAUUUGAUCUUUGAAUUUACCUGCAGUGUUUAGAAGCUCAAACUUUACAUCCUCAUCCUCCGUUCAAACCCUUCUCUCCUCUCUCUCUGAUCUGAUAGCAAUUUCUUUUAUAUUAUUUGUGCGAGCCUCUUUCCUUAUCAUAAAUAUAUAUGUAUAUAUAUAUUAGAUAGACACUUUGUUUGUCUAAAACCCUAAGAGCUGCUACUAUUGCUUUGCCAACUCCAACUUCAAGUGCAGAUUCAGUUAGGCUUGUUACAUAAGGAUGGCGAGAAAGAUGCUUAUUGAUGGGGAGCUGAGCCAGCCUAAUGGGGAGGAAGGCCAUUAUGAUUUUGACUUGUUUGUCAUUGGAGCUGGAAGCGGCGGUGUUCGUGCUUCAAGAUUUUCUGCUAAUUAUGGAGCCAAGGUUGGAAUUUGUGAGCUUCCAUUUGAUCCAGUCAGCUCAGAAGUUCUUGGAGGAGUUGGUGGAACGUGUGUCCUUCGCGGUUGUGUUCCCAAGAAGAUUUUGGUGUAUGGAGCAUCUUUUCGAGGUGAACUUGAGGACGCCAAGAAUUAUGGGUGGGAACUGAAUGAGAAAAUUGACUUCAACUGGAAGAAACUUUUGCAUAAGAAGAAGCUCGUCCCACGUGCAGUUGAUACAUUCAAGGUAUCAUCAAGGUAUGAUCCAACGGUUUGA